CACACUCCGAGGCAGCAGGUGGCGCCUCCGUUCGGCUGACUCACGUAAACGCCGUGUUGAUGAAGGGCGAGGUAGGAGCGACCACGAAGAGUAGCGCAGCUGUGUCGCACGGAGCUUCAAUCUAGUCGACGAUUUCUCUCCGAUUAUUCACUCACUUCCAAAGAUGGUUCGACCACAUUUUGGACCACCUCGCUUGAAGCCCAGCAGACCUUACGGAGAUGGUCAUGGCAUCGGACCCAGUGAUGGGAAUUACAACCCCAACGCCAAAAGUCGAAGAGAUGUCCAGGGCUACCCAGCAAAGCCACCCUUUCACUGGAGAGAUUCCAGAGGUAGAGGACGUCCCCCAGUUACCAAAAGAGCCCCCCUAAUGGGAGAGCAAAGGGAGCCACGUUUCAAUCACUGGAGGUCCCAGAAUCAGGAUUCCUUUCAAUCAUACCCUCCCAAAAUGGAACCACACCACAACCAGAGGAGGCCCUCUCCAUCCAGGCAGAAUCGCUCCCCUCAUGUCCAGCAUCAGUCAUCCUCUCGCAGUCCUGUACAAGGAUCCCCGAGUCAAAGGGGCCCACCUUUCCAUGGCCACCCUUCAGGUCACAGGUCACCCUCCCCAAGACAUUUUCGCAACCACCCAGUUGACAGGAGGCCCGGCUCUGCACCACCCUACCAGGGUUCCUUCAGGGGCUCCAAAAGGCAGUCAGGUUUUCAGCAUCAGGAGCAGCGAGGUCGAGACCCUCGUGGGAAUUACAAUCCCAGAGAAAGGCCCUAUGAGCACUCAGGUCAUGGCAUGAAGCGCUGGAAUGAGGCUGGAGCGUUCUCACAUCCACACAAUGGAGAACACGGGCCCUCUGGGUCACAGAGGAACCCCAGAGAGAUGCAUGGGAGAGGCCCAUGUCCAGAGAGGUACAGGAGUGAAGCAACAACCCCAGCUGGGUGGUCCUCUGAGCAAGACUCCAGGCGGCAGCGGGGUCCGGUGGAGAGGCAGGGCAGCCGAUCCCACAGUAGAGAGAGGGCACAGGAUGUCCCUCACCUGCCCCCUUUCAGAUCCCCCUCAUGGAAAGGAGGUCCAUCGCCAUCCUCCUCCUACCACAGGAACCCUCAGGAGAGGCCAGUGGUAGGACCCCGCAAGAGGAGGAUAUCAGACACCAGCAUGCCCCCCUCAGACCCUGCUCUGGAGCACGGCAAUGCAAAACAACCCAGGAGAGAGAGGCCUCAGCUGCUCAGUAUCCCCAGGCCCUUCGGUGGUAAACCUUUGUCUCUUAGGGAUAGAAGUUACCUGGUUAAGAACAGACAAGUCAGAGCAGAGUCUCUCAUGAGGCUCAGAAUACCAACAUCUGUGAGACCCAGGCCUAACCUGGACGACCCUGCCUCACAGGAGAAUGUCAGCUCUGUUCUUGCUAUCAGGAAGAGACGUUUCCAGUCAAAUGCAGCUCCCCUGAAAAAGCCGGAGCCAAGGAGAGGCAAACCACAACAGUCACCCCCCAGAGAAGAAGGCAAUGCCAGCAAGUCCUCAAGAGACUCUGAUUCAGGCAAAGAACAGGUGGAGUCUCGCCGGUUGAACACACACAGAUCUUCUCCCAUAGAGAAACGUGACCUUGUUGUUUUGUCCCACUGGCCUCCUGGGCCGAGCUCGUCCACUAAGGACGACUCGCCUACAAAAGAUCGCAGCCCAAAGAACGACCGGAAUUCAGAUCAAGAUGCCACACCGAGCAGUCGACUCUCAAAGACGAAUGAUUCCAGAUCAUCGCCUGAAGACCGAAGACAGGGCUAUGUGGACAAGAGAGUGUUUAGGCCGUUCAAUAUGAUGCAGGAGAGCUACAGACCCGGGAGGCCCUUCAGGAGACCAGGACAAGGAUUCAUGCAGAGACCGAGGUUCACUGGCGGUCGGGGGAGGACGGGCCCUGAAAUGUCUGGAAAUUUUAGAAGACCGCUCAUGGAGAACCUAGUGACACGUCCCUUCCCAAAUCAGAGGCCAGUGUUCAGAAAAAGUCACAGCAUCAUGUCCAAAUACCGCACCAUGAGAGUGAUGCGUCAGCAGCGUCCCCCGUACAACCGAGGGCCAAACCAACAGCGCUGGUGAUAACCUCUGUCUGCAGACCUGAUACUGGAGAAAGUUAGAAAACCCUCAUCACUAUGUUCUCUGCUGGGUCAACUGAACAAACUCUUCUCUCACUACAAUCCCCAUCUGCCUGUAUAUUGUGGAAGUGUUGUCGCUUAAAUUUGUUCUCUGGAUGUGUUUCAGUUGCAUCUUUGAGGUACUGCAGUAUUUUUGUUUUAGGGUAUUUGUAACGGAUGCCAUGGCGUUAUAUUGUCCUGCUUUUCUCCCCCCCCAUGUAUAAAUAUUUGGGAGCUUCUGCCUGUCUUGGCAGUCUUCAUUUUACUGAGAUAGUUUUAGAUUUUCUUUGUUUACCAGCAGCGAUCGAUUUCAGCUUUGUGAAGUCCCAAGAAGCGUUUACUUUAGAAUCUCACCUUUACUGUUUGUAAAGACUAAUCACAUGAAAUGUCCUGUUUGAUUAAUCAUGGGUGUUUUGAUUAGACUCAGCAGCUUGUUGAAUAACACUUAGCUACUACUUGUAAAACUUGUAUAAUCACAUGUUCAGUUUAUUGUUCGAACUUGGAAUAAAACCAAAUUUA